AUGGGUGACACCCUGCUGAUACUUAAAAACUUGUGGUACAGCUUCCAGGAGGGUAUUAAGCGUAAAGAUCACAUUGAACAUCAGCAGGAUAAAGUUGCAUUAACUCUGGCUCGUCUAGCCCGUCACGUUGAAGUGGAGAAACAGCAGAAAGAAGAGAAGAACAGAGCAUUCCGAGAAAAAAUUGAUUUUCAGCAUGCUCAUGGGUUACAAGAAUUGGAAUUUAUUCAAGGACAUUCUGAUACAGAAGCAGCAAGACUGUGUGUGGACCAGUGGCUAAAAAUGUCAGUCAAUUCUCAGUGGAAGAAGAAGCUUAAGAAUUCAUAUUCUGAUGCAGGACUCAAAACAGGCAUAAUUCAUUCUGGCACAAAAAGUUCAUUUCGAAGAGGAGGACAAAUGCGGGUGUCUGGGAAACCAAUUGCAUGUCCCAUAAUGCACUGUAACAAGCAGUUUGACAAUGGACACCUUCUCUUAGGACACUUGAAAAGGUUUGAUCACUCUCCAUGUGAUCCAACAAUUACACUACAUGGACCUUCUGUCAAUUCCUUUGCUUGUGUAAUAUGUUACAAAAAUUUUGUCACUCAACAACAGUAUCGGGAUCACCUUUUAGCUAAGGAAGCUGCAGAUGAUGGACAUAAAAACAACCUUCUUCCUCAGAUUAUCCAGUGUUUUGCAUGUCCAAAUUGUUUCCUUCUUUUUAACAGCAAGGAUGAGUGUUUCAAGCAUAUGUCUGGAAAGAAUCAUUUCCUUCAGAGUUUUAAACUGAGUGAUAACAAAAGAUUAGCACAUCCAAUAUCAUUUCCAUCUUUUGCAAAGAAACUUUUGAUCAGCCUCUGCAAAGAUGUUCCAUUUCAAGUCAAGUGUGUGGCUUGCCACCAGACACUAUAUUCUCACAUGGAGCUCACUGCUCAUUUCAGAGUUCGUUGUCGAAAUGCUGGUCCUGUAGCUGUAGCUGAGAAGAGCAUUGCCCAGGUUGCAGAGAAACUCUUAUUAAGAGCUUAUUGUCCAAAUUGUAACCAAGCCUUUGUGGAUGACACCGGUACCUGGAGCCAUAAGCAGAAUUCAGGACACAAAGUCCGAAUCAUUACCUCAAUGGAAGAGUCAGUUUUACUUUAUUGUCACAGCAAUCAAGGGAACAAAUCUGCUUCGGAGUUGCAUCUAUUGUUAGAUCAAUCAAAAGUUUCAUCACUUAAAAGAACUAUAUCUGACUCUAGCAAACGGGGUUAUAGCACCAUUCCAAAAAAGAAGAUGAAUUUAGAGAAUGAAAAUCAUGAAGAUGUGGUUUGUAUCCAGAAAGAAAAGUCAACAAUUAAAAUCUGGUUUUGUGAAUGCCAUCAACGGUUUCCAAGUGAAGAUGCAGUAGAAAAACAUGUAUUUUCAGCAAACACAAUGUGUUACAAGUGUAUGGUCUGUGGAAAAGUGUGUGAAGAUUCAGGGGUCAUCCGUUUACACAUGAGUCGGUUUCAUGGAGGAGCACAUUUAAAUAACUUUCUUUUUUGGUGUCGGACAUGCAAAAAGGAACUAAGGAAAGAAACCAUCAUGUCACAUGUAACUGAAUUUCAUAAUGGACACAGAUAUUUUUAUGAGACAGAUGAGGUAAAAGGUGAUAGUUUGCCAUCAUCCUCUGCAACAUUGGUAACUAACUCAACCGCUAAGACACCUCCUUCUACUAUUACUAUUACUGAUCAUUCCCCAGAAAACAAUCCUACAAGGGGCAAAUGGCAGUGCCGGAUUUGUGAAGAUAUGUUUGAUUCCCAGGAAUGUGUCAAACAGCACUGUAUGUCUUUGGCAAGUCACCAGUUUCAUAGAUACAGCUGUGCCCAUUGCAAAAAGACUUUUCACAAGAUAGAAACAUUAUACCGACAUUGCCAAGAUGAGCAUGACAAUGAGAUAAAGAUUAAAUACUUUUGUGGGCUUUGUGAUCUUAUCUUUAAUGUAGAAGACACAUUCUUGAUUCAUUAUAAAGAGCGCCACAGUAUAGAUUAUGUGUUUGUGUCAGAAAAAAAUGAAACUUCAAUUAAAACUGAGGAUGAUUUUCCAAUUUUGGAAACCAGCAACCUGCUAACCUGUGGUUGCCGUGAGAGUUACAUCUGUAAAAUCAACAGAAAGGAAGAUUAUAGUAGAUGUCUCCAACUCAUGCUGGAUAAAGGUAAACUGUGGUAUCGUUGCAAUUUGUGUUCAGCAACAGCACAGAAUUUAAUCAAUAUGAAAACUCAUCUCUGUGAAGUGCACAGAGAAGAAAAGAAUGACGUGGAAGAACAGCAGUAUGUGAUCAAGUGUGGUACCUGUACCAAAGCAUUUCAUGAUCCUGAGAGUGCUCAGCAGCACUUCCAUAGAAAGCACUGCUUCUUACAGAAACCCAAUGUGGCUCAUUUUGGGAGUGAAAAAGUAAGCCUGUACAAGUUUACUGCUAGUGUCUCACCUACAGAGCGAAAACAGAAACAGACAGUACACUAUUCCAAAAAUUCAGACAUGGAAAAAGGAGCCGAGAAUAACCUAAGCUGUCAGAAUAUAGAUGAAGAAAUUGUUGACCUUCCAGAUUUGGACUACCUGCGAACCAUGACUCAUAUAGUCUUUGUAGAUUUUGAUAACUGGUCAAACUUUUUUGGUCAUCUACCAGGACAUCUUAACCAAGGAACCUUUAUUUGGGGCUUUCAAGGUGGAAACACCAAUUGGAAACCUCCACUCAACUGUAAGAUCUUUAAUUACCUGAACAAAAUUGGAUGCUUCUUCCUUCAUCCUCGCUGUAGUAAAAGAAAAGAUGCUGCUGAUUUUGCCAUAUGUAUGCAUGCUGGCCGUCUAGAUGAACAACUACCCAAGCAAAUUCCUUUUACCAUCCUCUCAGGAGAUCAAGGUUUUCUGGAGCUCGAGAAUCAAUUUAAGAAGACUCAGAGGCCAGCUCACAUAUUAAACCCUCACCACUUAGAGGGAGAUAUGAUGUGUGCCUUGUUAAAUAGUAUAUCUGAUACCACCAAAGAAUGUGACAGUGAUGAUAACCUGGGUAUAAAAAGUACUUCAAUAGGAGAAGAAUUCAUAUCUACAGAAGGAAAAGCUAUUUCUUCUAAAGAUAACUCUUUGCGUCUCUUGGAAUUGAAUUUACUAGUUGUAUCACUUUGUGUUGUGUAG